AUGAAACUAUGGGGGAAUGCCAGCAACAAAUGCAUCAUCCCACUCAAUUUCCUGCGUUUGACAACUAACAAGACGAACGCACAGGGCUUAAAUGGAAACCCCAAUCCACCAGAGAUCCUACAAAUCCCUCAACUUUUCGAUGAAAACGGCCGGGACUUGUUGAGCGAGAGAGUGAGCACAGAGAUGCUAGCGAUCGAGAGAAAGUGGUCAAACUACACUCUGCGCAGAUUCGACAGCUAUUGGAAUGGUCCAGCAAGGAGCCAACCCCCUCACCAGGCCCUGGAAAGAAGCUGUUCUGCCCAGAGUAGCGCAUCGAGCAGAGACAAGAUGUCUAGCCAAAGAAGAUACUUAUCACCAGACACCGGUAUCACGGACCGGAACUCGACGCCAUCAGAUCGGCCCCCUCAGGCAUGGGACAUAAGAGACCAUUCCCCGCAACUCUUCUGUAAACCAGCCACGCGCUUCUACAGACCCCAAAUUCUGCCAGAAAAGCUGCUCGGUCCCGAGAAUUAUAAGCAUUGGACAUUGGCGAUGGAGCGAACGCUAAGGGAAUGUGGAAUUGCAUGGGGGCUCGAAGGCGACGUUAUGCUUGCGCUAGUCUAUGGCGAGAUUAUCGCUCAAUGGGCCCGAUUCAACCCGAACAUCUGGAUGGUAAUUUUCAGCAACGUGUCACCGCAAAUCCAAGAAGAUCUGAGAGGGUUGGAGACCUUGGACGCUGGCGAGGCAUGGCAAUUCCUGGAAAAGACGUGUGGGGGCGAUGUGCUUUUGCGAGCCCGGUCUGUCAAGGGUGUGCGCGAUAUCAUGAACGUCAGGUAUGACAAGUGUUCGUCACUCAAGGAAUAUCUACGUAAGAUGAUGCUGUGCAUCCGUGCCAUUGAAUGUAACCCCCACGGCGAGAAAGAGAAUCAGCGCAGGGAGGGAGGCAACCACGGAGGAAGAGGAAACGAGGGGACGGAGAACGAGUGGCUAUGGUGCCAGCUCAUACUCGUCAAUCUAGGACCAGAGUGGGAGUCUUGGGUUUCCGAAUUGCUGGAGAAGUCCAAGGAUGGCGAGCCUAUGGCUGAUGCCAUGAGCAACCUCCGGAGACUCUUUCACGUCAUUGAGGUGGAAGAGGCCCGUCGCAUACAAGCCUCUCGUUACACGAGAUUUCCCAGCGAGGAAUGA